UACACUGGUAGUAUGGAGGCUGUCGACGCGGCAGAUUAGUUUCUGUUUGUCGUUCCUAACUUAUUCUAACCAAUUUACACCUAAAUUAUUGAUCUGAUGUUCAAUGGAGUUCACAGAAGUGGUUGGCUGGAUGGCCUUCACCACCUCUGUAAUUGUCCAGUUAGUUGGAAUUGAGGUUUGCAUGAGAAUCAUCAAGAAAGGAUCAACCGGAGAUAUAUCACCCAUACCAUUUCUUACUUACUUCAUUGUAGCUUGUCUGUGGGCCAAAUAUGGCAUCAUCCAAAACAUCACCCAAGUACUCGUUGUCAACUCAUUCGCCUCACUCCUCCAGUUCCUAUAUCUUGUCAUAUACUAUACAUUUACUGUUAGAAAGUCCCAGUUCGUGAAGUUAUUUUUCUUGAGUAGUUUGAUCCUGUUCAUGCCUCUCAUCUAUGUCAAGUAUUACCAGGAGGAUGAGGCCCUGGCCACCGCUCACUUCGGAUCAUUUUGCGUCCUCAUGUCCAUAGUAGCAUAUGGAGCCCCCCUCGCCUCACUGAAGGAUGUCGUGAGAACAAGGAGCACUGAGUGUAUGUCAUUUCCUGUGGUGUUCGCUAACUUUGUGGUAGCUAUAGAAUGGUUUGUGUACGGCAUCACAAUCAAAGACAUUAAUGUACAGUGUUCCAAUUUCCUUGGUGCAGUUUUAUGUUUCGUACAACUAGGACUAUUUCUUAAGUAUCCUUCAAAACAGAAACAGACGACAACCAGCAUUUUGUGAUCCUGACCCUUUCGUAAAAAUUAAAAUGUCUCCGUGAAACUCAUCCUUGGCACAGGACAUCGGGUACAGAAUGGUUUCCUGUCAGCAUUUUACAUUGGCAUUACUAAAUUGUAAAUGGAAAAUUAAAUUUCUUGUUUGAGCCAUUUGCCUGAGCUUGAACAUAGAAUCUGUAUGUGUUAGAAGUAUACAGUAUGUGUUUUGUGGUUUUCAAAAUGGAAUAUUAACUAGGUAUUACUGUAUUUAACCUAAUAAGAACACAAUGCACUUUCAAAAAUACAAAAGGGUGUGCUGCAUAAAACCAUAUACAGUUUCCAUGUUAAAAGCUGGGUGGAUUUUUUUUUUUUUUUUUUUCCACAUUUACGUACAUUUUGAUGUAGCAAAUAAAGCAAUCCAGACUCCUUUGUUAUAAUACUGAAUAUUAAGAAAUCAGUGAGGUAAGGAACUCUUUAUACUGGUAUGUUUUAAUUAGGGCACCAAUCCUCUAUUCUUGAAAAAUGUGGAGGUGUGCUUAUAGGGGUAGGUCACUGAUCAGGUAAAAUACAUGCUGUAAUGGAUAAAACUGGAUAUUUUGGUAUCCAAUUUUUUUGUGGUGUAUUUCAAUUUGGAAAGUUUUUGUAAAACUUUAAUUUCGGUCAUAGUCAUUUUCUUGGUGAAAAUACUUUGUGAGAAGUUAACUGGGUUAAAAUUUAGUUGCUAUAGUUAAAAAAAUAAAACUUGGUUGAACUUUGGUUGCUAUGGUUAAAACUGGGUUGAAGUUUGAUUGCUAUGGUUAAAACUGUGUUGAACUUUGGUUGCUAUUGUUAAAACUGGGUUGAACUUUGGUUGCUAUUGUUAAAACGGGGUUGAACUUUGGUUGCUAUUGUUAAAACUGGGUUGAACUUUGGUUGCUAUUGUUAAAACUGGGUUGAACUUUGGUUGCUAUUGUUAAAACUGGAUUGAACUUUGCUUGCUAUGGUUAAAACAGGUCUUUCUAUACUAACGUUGAAGUACCUUGCAAAAAGUGAUUUAGUCUAAUUUCUAUGGUUUAGGUCUUUGGUUGCUAUGGUGAUAAUACAAUAUACUUGUUGCAGAACUAACUUGGUCUCAUGUUGUUUGCUGUGAUAUUUGUUGAUGUUUUACAUGAUCUUGUUUUUAAGCUGUUUUUUUUUAAAUCUUAAUUAAACGUAGCCCAAGAGUCACAAUUGCCUUCAAAAUGAGGAAGUUAUUUAUUCUAAUAAAUAUAGUGCCAAAUAGAAUAAGAUAGAAAAGUCCUCAAAACAUAAUCUCCGUUAAGGUAUAAAUGAAGACAGUUGUGGCAUUGAGGUUGGACAAGGGUGAAUUCAUUUACCUGUGUUUACCGUUCUUUUUCUGCUUCUUUGAUGUUCAGCAAUGCUCUGAUUGAUGAACUUAACUGUGUUCUAUAUUUUGUUCAGACAUGACUUUAAUUUGUUGCACCUUGAUAUAUUACCGGUUUCUUGUUGAAUGUUGAAAUGACAUUUUGUCAAAGUUUAUUAUUGUCUACUAAUCAGAUUCAUAAACUUGAUAUCCUAGUCUUGAUAUAAUGAUACACACGAUUUUACAAACAUGUAAAUACUGUUGAGGUUUAGGUACAGAUACUUACAAACACAUCAAAUUGUUUGUGUGAGAAUGCCAUUUCAGCAGAAAGAUUAUGUAUGAAAUGUAACAGAAGCAAAAUAUAUUUUUUAAUCAAACACCACAUACUUGCCAAGAUUUUUUCUGAUUUCUGUUCUUGAGUUUCAGAAUUUUGUUUCAUUUUUUUUGCCAAAAAAGCAUCUAGCUUGCUUGCACACCUUAAACUAUAGUAUGAACAUUAUACAGUGUAUUUUGUUUUAAAUAGCGGUCAGUAUAAGACAUGGAAUUAUUCUGAAUGUUGAAAAAACAAAAUUAGAUGAUUUGUAAUCUAUGUUAUUUUUCAGUGGUAUAACUGGUACAUUGUUACAGCCAGUUACAAUAUUAAUUCAUUAGUCCCCUACGGGUGAAAUCAGGGGAAAAGGACUAAUAACAUUAAUUCAUUAGUCCCCUACAGGUGAAAUCAGGGGAAAGGGACUAAUAACAUUAAUUCAUUAGUCCCCUACAGGUGAAAUCAGGGGAAGGGAACUAGGGGUUUCCUCUCCGCCCGUCUUGUACGCAUGUAAUGCUAAAGUUUGUCAGCGUUCUAUUGGCUUCAUUCCUUAAGGAUUUUCAUCAAGCUGCAAACAAUGAUAAAGGACCAUAAUAUCUUGGGCAAAGUUUCACGGUUUCUGGGGUCAAGGUCAAGGUCACUUGAUAUUUUUAGAGGGAUCGAUAGGAGACAUGCAUUGCUUUAACAGUACCUAAUAUGCUUAUUUGUUGUGCUAGUACUGUAAAUUUGUUCAACUGCAACUACAAAAACUGAAAAAGUGAAAACGUGACUAUUUGGCUCUGGUAGGGCAUUUUCUCCAUGUUUGCUUGGAAUGCAUGUAACAAUAAAAUCCUAUGCUUUCAGAUGAACUGCAUGAAUGGACGGUGCUAAGUUAAAUGUGCAAUAGUUUUAUGAUUAAACUCUAUAUUUCAGAGGGUUGUACAAGCCUUUUGGAUCUUUUGUCCUGAUAUGAAGUUACAUGAAUUAACUUUACACAAAAGUUAGAAAUCAUUGUACAUGUAUGUAUAUAUGCUUCAUAUCCACAAAGUUAAUCAGUUUUCAAAAAGAUUUGUAAAGUAGUUAUUAUAAUUUAGGUUUAAACCAGCUAGUUCUCAAUAAACACGAGUUACGAAUAAGUGGAAAAUUAUUUGGUUAUUAAAUGAUAAGUUUUUAGAUUCAAAAUUGAAUAUAUUUUUAACUUUAAAAAAAUUAGUUGAUCAUGCCUGGAAAAAUCGUACUAAAUUGUAUAUAAACCUAUUCAAGCUUCCAGCUGCCUGGAAUGAUACUUUGUAAUUAGAGAAUGCUUGUUUUUGUGGAUGUAGAGUCUUGGGAAAAUUGUGUAGGAUAAUAAUCAUGUAUGUAUUUUUAUACUGUUUGGGAUUUGUGUAAUAUAAACAAUGUUUUAAAGUUUGGAUGAUUGUCGUGUUUCACAUGUAUGUACAGUAAUAUAUCGCACAAUGUAUAAAUAUAUCACACAAUGUAUAGACUAAAUUUAAGUUGAAACUACGGAGAAAAUGGGUUGGAUUUGUCUUUCUUGAAGAAUGUACUGAAACUAUUUUAGACUUACUUUAAACAUUAACAGUACCUGUUAAAAAACAGAUAUUUUAAUUAUAAUUUGACGUAACAUUGGUUGUUUUCCAUAAACAAUGAAUUUCCUGAAAUUCUGCAAAUAUAAUUUCUGUGCGUAAGUUUACUAAAUUCUAUCACAAAGUUUUGUUAAAAUCUUUGUUACAUGAUUUUAUGGUACAUGUUUUCAUUUCUUUCAUACAUUUUUAUUAUAGUCUUUUAGUGGGGUUGACAAAUGGUUGUAUUAACCUCUUAAGAGAGAUAAUAACCUCAAAAGUUUUCUUGUUUUGAAGUUGGUUGAUUAUGAAAUAGUUAAUAUAGAUUAUUAUUUUAUAUACAAUAGUAUGUGAAAUUUGGAUUGAAUUUGUUCAGCAUGUUCUGUAGAAAUGAAAUGUUUUUCCUCUAAAAUUGAGUUAACAGUUUAUAAUUCUUUACUAUAUUUUUCAGACUAAAUAAGACUAUCACCUUGUAAGAAAUCAACAGUAUUGUUAGAAACAUUUCCGAAUUGAAUUACCUCAUAUUGUUAAAUGCCUCUUUGUUGAAGUUUACUGAGAGGUGUAUGGAUAUUUUUGGAUUAUUUUUCCUUGCCAAGUUACAAAUUUGCUUUAAAAGCAGCUGAAUGCUGAUAUUGUUAUCUAAUUAUUUUCCAGCAUACCAGAAGAUCCGACACAAAUAAACUGAUAUUUACAACAAAACAUGACAACUUUUUUCAUUAUACUCAUACUUCUUGGACCAAAUAUCAAGGGGGAGGGGGAGGGAUCCCGAGUAUCUGGAGAAAAUCCAUCUAUUCAGGGCAAUUUCACGACCAUUAUAUACUUGAAGUCCAUGUAAUGCCCCAGACACCUUUAUAAAUUAUAGUUGUAACAUUUAUAUUGGAAUUAAAUAAGGAAGGUAGAGCCAACGUCAGUUCAGGUAGGUGGGUCCUUCAGCGGGGUGCUUCACUUGAACUUGGAUACACAAGGUAUGCAGAGCGAUUAACAGAGUAUAUAAAUAUAAAGAGGGGGGAGGUUAACC